UACGUCUCUGUCAGAAAGAGUAUAUUCUGGGAAGGUGAAAGUUGGAUCGCGAGGAAAGAUGGCGCCGUGAAAAGAGCAAGAUGGUCGAACACAUGAAUGUUUCGUGGACUGGGAAAGUCUAAUACCAUACAAUUCGUCGAUUUUAUAAAGUUAUGUGUUUAUAAGUUAAGAAUGGCAUUUCUCUUCGGGCGGUACUUAUCGGUGACCGUAAAAUACGGUGAAUUGUUACGAGAAUGUACUUUUGGAAAUUUUAAAUAUUGUAAUUGCAUCAAUUUUACGAAUGGUUCAAGUUUCUACCCGAAGAAUGUAUCUUGGUUUGGUUUUAGAUUUCUGUCGGUCAGUGCACGAAAUCGAUUGAGAUGGUCCCGAUGCGCCGCUCAUCAAACUUUUUCUAGAAGGGAUUCCAGGGACGAGCACGUUGCCGUUUUGAUCAGACCCAGAGAAAAUGGAAGACUAAAGGGAACUAGAAUUAAAUUCAAAGAAACUACGCAUAAUGUUAGGAAAAGAAUUACGAAAAUUAAAGAAAAUGUAUUAACUGUUCCCAAUGGAUUGUCAGUUUUGAGAAUUACCCUCACACCAGUUCUUGGUUAUCUUGUUAUCAAUGGAAACUAUUUUUCGGCUUUAGGAAUUUUUAUCUUUGCUGGAAUAACUGAUUUGUUAGACGGCUUUAUUGCUCGUACAUUUCCUAGUCAGCAGUCAAUGAUUGGUUCAUUUCUUGAUCCAAUGGCAGAUAAAUUUUUAAUUGCAACUUUAUUCUUAUCCCUUACAAUUGUUGGACUCAUUCCAAUACCGUUAACUGCAUUGAUUGUUGUAAGAGAUAUGUGUCUAGUAGCUGCUGGAUUUUACAUUAGAUAUCAUUCUCUUCCACCUCCAAGAACACUUGGGAGAUAUUUUGAUGUCACUUUUGCAACAGCAAAACUUUCUCCAACUUUUAUUAGCAAGGUAAAUACAACACUUCAGUUAUCGUUAGCAGCUAUCACUCUAGCGGCUCCAGUUUUUCAAUACGUCGAUCAUCCUUACGUUCAGGCCUUAUGGUACGGAGUAGCGAGCACCACCGUUAUAUCCGGAAUGAGUUAUAUAUUUGGAAAAGAUACAUAUAAAUUUUUACAUUAUCGUACUAGAAAACAGUGAUUUUAUUGCACUGCAAGAUUAAGAAAGUAAUAUUUAACAUCAGAGAAUGGAUUUAUCCUUUAGAAUAGAUUAUUCAGAUCUUGCAGAAGAUCCAGCUAUGCUAAUUUUAAGUUUAGCAUCUUAAAAGAUCAUCUGAACGAUCAGGAUAGUCUACUCGUAGACAGUCCAUCGUUAAAAGUUAGAAUUAAAAAAAAAGCAUUAACUCUACGCUCAUCUCUUCUUCCUUUUAAGUUGUUUUUUUAAAGAUUAUGAAAGAAUGAGACAUUAAUUUCAAAACUGUGAUAUAUUUUUACUAAAUAAAACAAUUAUUAAAAAUUAGUAAAAAGUGUUUAUAAUUGUGGUAGAUAUAUAAAUGUUAAAUAUAUAAAUAUUGUACAUA